CGCCGCCGCCAGCCGCGUCUCCCGUGGUCCGCCGCGCUAGUAAUUAACGACCUCCCGUCCGCGUUCCGCCACGAAGAUGGAGGGGCCCCUGUCCGUGUUCGGGGACCGCAGCACCGGGGAGGCGAUCCGCUCCCAGAACGUUAUGGCAGCAGCUUCCAUUGCCAAUAUCGUGAAAAGUUCCCUUGGUCCCGUUGGCUUGGAUAAAAUGUUGGUGGAUGAUAUCGGUGAUGUCACCAUCACUAAUGAUGGGGCCACCAUUCUGAAGUUACUGGAGGUGGAGCACCCUGCAGCCAAGGUCUUGUGUGAACUGGCAGAUCUACAGGACAAAGAAGUGGGAGACGGAACAACCUCAGUGGUUAUUAUUGCAGCAGAACUUCUGAAAAAUGCAGAUGAGCUGGUCAAACAGAAAAUCCAUCCUACAUCAGUUAUUAGUGGCUAUCGACUUGCCUGCAAGGAAGCAGUACGUUACAUCAACGAAAACCUAAUUAUUAACACAGAUGAGCUCGGAAGGGAUUGCCUGAUUAAUGCAGCUAAGACCUCCAUGUCUUCCAAAAUCAUUGGAAUAAAUGGUGAUUUCUUUGCCAACAUGGUGGUAGAUGCCGUGCAAGCUGUUAAAUACACAGAUGUAAGAGGCCAGGCUCACUAUCCAGUCAAUUCUGUGAAUAUUCUGAAAGCACACGGGAGGAGUCAGAGCGAGAGUUUGCUCAUCAAUGGCUACGCACUCAACUGUGUGGUGGGAUCCCAGGGUAUGCCCAAGAGAAUAGUGAAUGCCAAGAUUGCCUGCCUUGACUUUAGCCUGCAGAAAACAAAAAUGAAACUUGGUGUGCAGGUGGUUAUCUCGGAUCCUGAAAAACUAGACCAGAUCAGACAAAGAGAAUCAGACAUUACCAAGGAGCGGAUCCAGAAGAUUCUAGCCACAGGAGCCAAUGUAAUCCUCACCACUGGCGGCAUUGACGACAUGUGUCUGAAGUAUUUUGUGGAGACAGGCUCCAUGGCUGUCAGAAGAGUCUUAAAGAGGGACCUGAAGCGCAUCGCUAAAGCUUCUGGAGCGGUGAUUCUGUCAACCUUGGCCAAUUUGGAAGGUGAAGAAACUUUUGAAUCUUCCAUGUUGGGUCAAGCAGAAGAGGUGGUGCAGGAGAGAAUCUGCGAUGAUGAGCUGAUCUUGAUCAAGAACACUAAAGCUCGCUCAUCUGCGUCCAUUAUCUUACGUGGGGCAAAUGAUUUCAUGUGUGAUGAGAUGGAGCGCUCUUUACAUGAUGCCCUAUGUGUGGUGAGGAGAGUGCUGGAGUCCAAAUCUGUGGUUCCUGGUGGGGGUGCAGUGGAGGCAGCCCUCUCCAUCUACCUGGAGAACUAUGCCACAAGCAUGGGCUCUCGGGAACAAUUAGCUAUUGCAGAAUUUGCCAGAUCUCUUCUGGUUAUUCCAAACACUUUAGCGGUCAAUGCAGCUCAAGAUUCCACAGACCUAGUUGCAAAACUGAGAGCUUUCCAUAAUGAGGCCCAGGUCAACCCAGAGCGCAAAAAUCUGAAAUGGAUUGGUCUUGAUUUGGUCAAUGGUAAGCCUCGUGACAACAAGCAAGCAGGUGUGUUCGAACCUACCAUAGUUAAGAUAAAGAGUUUGAAGUUUGCAACUGAAGCCGCCAUUACCAUUCUUCGAAUUGAUGACCUGAUUAAGUUACACCCAGAGAGCAAAGAGGAUAAGCACGGAGCUUACGAACAUGCUGUCCACUCAGGAGCCCUUAAUGACUGAGCCCAAUUACCUUUAUUUAUAACCAUGUUAGAGCCCAUCACCCCGGACCUUGUGUGUUACACAUUAAAAGAACAAAAAC